AUGUCAAGAGAAGAGGAAUUGAAGAAGGAAGUUACGGUACAGCCGAACUCGCUAGUAAUUGAGCGUCCCAAAAACGGGGAGGAGAAAACGGACUCUUUUUCUUGUUCAUAUCGGUUAAUUGAGCCAUUUUCAUAUUUAUCGCACGAUGGUAAUCAGAAUAGAGCCCUCUUAAUUUUAAAUCAAGAAAUUGAUCUUGAUUUGAUACCUUUAUGGGAACUAUCCAGUAUUGUUGUUUGUGCAGACGGUGCUGCGAAUCGGCUUUAUGAAUACUUUGCAAACAAACCCAACUUGACCAAGGAUACAUGCGCUCAAUUGCAAAGCAAAUAUAUACCAAACUACAUUGUAGGGGACUUUGAUUCGAUCGAUAAGGAAAUAGCCCAAUUUUACAAAUCUCAGGGAGCUCAUUUAAUCGAGCAAAGCAGCGAGUAUAUUAAUGAUUUUUCCAAAGCAAUACUUUGUAUUCAAUUGCAUUUUCAAUUUCUUGCCAAUGGCGAGGCAUGGCCUGAUAAUAUUGAAGUUGAAAAUGGAUUAUCACAAAUUUGGGAAACGAAAUUUUCCAAUUUGAGUAGUAUUCCCAUAAAGGUCAAUACACUUUCAGCUAUAGGAGGAAGAUUUGACCAAACAAUACAAUCCAUUAAUCAACUAUACAUUUUACAUCAAACAGCAAAGAAUUUAGAAAUUUUCUUUCAUACACAUAACGAUAUUAUAUUCUUACUAUACAAGGGGGUCAAUUACGUGGCAUACCCAUCAAAGACCACAUUUAGUCGAAUGGGGGACAAAAUCCCACCAACGUGUGGAUUAUUACCAUUAAGUAAUAAACCAAUUAUUCUUUCUAGUCAUGGUUUGAAAUAUGAUGUGAAACAUUGGAAAACGCAAAUGAUGGGAUAUGUAAGUUCGUCAAACCGGAUCGUUGGAGAAACAGGAUUCAUCGUUGAAUGUUCCGAUGACAUUGUAAUGAAUAUAGAAGUAGACUUUUAG